CAGAAAUAGCCAAUCACAUCGUUGCUUACGGUGACGCAAAGAGGCAGGAAGUGGAGGCACCUAGAGAUAGAGGUGCAUUUCUGAGCCUGCAACCAUGUGGCCAGUGUUCUGGACAGCCAUGCGCACUUAUGCGCCCUACGUGACCUUCCCGGUGGCCUUUGUGGUGGGAGCUGUUGGCUACCAUCUAGAGUGGUUUAUCAGAGGGACUCCUAAUGCUCCAGGGGAAGAAAGGGGCAUUGCAGAACUAAGGGAGGAUCGUAAAUUAGAGGAACUGAACGGUCGGGACAGCACACAGGUCCUCAGCCUGAAGGACAAACUGGAAUUCACACCGAGAGCCGUGCUGGAAAGAAACCGAGCGGUGAAGAGCUAAGUUUCAUUAAACGUCAUGAAAUCCUGAUUACCAUAUAGUGAUGCACAACGUCUCAAACUUUGGGCUCAUUUGUUACACUUCACGGCCCCGGGGACAGGAUCUUUACAGAGAAGGUUUUUUUUUUUUUUGGGAGGGGGGG